UCCACGGCCACUUCCGCUUCCGGGUCGGAUGGGGGGAUGCUGUCAUGGCGGCGCUGGCAGUGGCCAGGAGGCGAGCGGCAGCUUUCUUGUUUUCAUCUGUGGUUCGCCUCCAGAGCUCCCAGAGCACAUCUCUACAGGAAGGGAUUGUUGCCAAAACAUCUCUGACUUCACCCCCAUGGCCUGAAGUGAAAUUGCCAAAUCCAGUGGAAGAAGCAAAGCACCAUGCAGAAGUGGUGCAAAAGGUGAAUGAGAUGAUUGCAACAGGGCAGUAUGGGAGGCUCUUUGCUGUGGUUCACUUUGCCAGCAAACAGUACAAAAUAACCAGUGAAGACUUAAUUAUGAUGGACAACGUGCUGCAGGCUGAAUGUGGAGACCGAAUCCGGAUGGAAAAGGUUUUGCUGGUUGGUGCUGAUGACUUCACGCUUAUUGGAAGACCACUUCUGGGGUAAGAGAUCUCAUUCAAGAAUUAUCCUGCAACCUGAAGAGAAACCUGAAUUUAUCAGUGCUCUUUUCCCAGCCCUAUGGAUUCUGAAAAAAAAUCAGCAAUAAAACAAACUUGUCAGCUUUGGCUGGCUCUUAACUAUUACCAUAGUGCCAGGAUAGAGCAGAGUACCCAUUCCUAAGGUAACUGUAGGAUAUUAACCCCUGUUGGCUUGGCUCUGUUUUCUGAUGUGUAAGUCUUGCAGAGACUAGCAGUAAAUCUUGCUCUUUACUCCCUAACCACUAAUUGCAGUGAUAGCCAUCUUAAAAUAACCCAGAAAUCCAUGCCUGUCCCUUAGUGCCUUAAUUUGAGGUGGUUUUUUUUUAAAAAAAUAAAAAAAAAAAAAACUAACACAAAAAAAACCUGUUUCCUUUUACCCAUGAUUUAACCCAGCAGGUCUUAAUCUUAAAUGAAAAGUUCCAAGUUUUCCCUUCUUCCUAGUUACAUGCUUCCAAAAAUCGUGGCACCAGCUCUAUCUUAGAGCUGUCAGGCUUGCUCUAUUUUAGAGAAGACAGACAUACAAAUGGGCAGAACACCUGGUUUGUCAGCAUUUUCUUUACCAGAAGGAAGUGGUGUGUGGACUCAGUGUUGCUGACUGAACUCUUAGCAUCGGCUGGAAGCAAAGUCGUCAGCUCUAUUUAGCUUUCCCCAGAGGUUCUAGUGGUAAAGUACUAGUUGAAAUAAUGUGGUUUGCAAGUGCUUUAAGAAUCUGGAAGUCCUGGCUGUGGUCUGACUGCAGACUGAGCUGCAUGUUAAGUGUUGGCUUGAACUGCAGCAAUUUGGCAGAAGACAGCCAGAUAAGGAGGAACUUGUAGAUCUUGAUGCCUUGCAGAUUCAAGUUAGAAACACCAUGUAUUUUCAAAUCAGUUUGGCUUCUGAAUGCUUUUUACAUUACUGGGAGGAUGUCUGUAUUCCAGAGUUAUAAAUAACGUUUGCACAUUUGAUAACAUGAUUUCUGCCAUGGGUUUCUAGUGUUUGAUAGGAUUAUGAGGGCUGACAGCCUUUAUUAGCACUUCUGUAAAGAGAUUUGGAAUGGCGGAUCUUCAGGAGCCUUUGAAUUAUUGCCAGAUAUUGCUUAACUUGUUGAAGAUCUUUAGGAAGUAGAAAUAUCAUUACUAGGAUUAGAAACAUAAUCUUGCUGAAUAGUAGGAUCAUAGAAUAUGUCAAGAAGGGACUCGUAAGGAUCAUCAAGUCCUGCUCCUGGACACAUUCUGCAAAUGGGGAUGUGUCAUGCCAGAUGGGUUGGGAGCACUGUCCUUCACCUGGCUUUCUUAACUGGAGUGCUGUACUUGGAUGUGCCCUAAGAGCUUUAGAACAGGAAGCAAAGCAGCUGUUUGAUUCCUGCAUGUGCUCUAAGUCUGCAGAAGGCACUGUCAGUUGCUUGAAGCAGACCAAAUUGCGUGCUGAACACUAGUAAUUUUGGCAGAGGAGGAUCACUGGAGGAGGAGGAGGCAGAGUGGAGGGCCAGUGAAGAGAUGCCAUCCUCCCUCUGAGAUGUGAGGAACCUUCCCAGUUUUUCUAGCUCUCUGUACUCCAUGUCACAGCAAUUCUUUCUCAUAGUUCCCAGUUGUGUCUAAACCACAAACGUUUUGGAGGGGAGAUAAGAGCUUGGAUGCAUUUUUGUUUUUCUGCUGUUUUAAAAAUAAACACAUCAGUGAAUACUUGUGUCUGUGUAAGACAGUUCAUUACAGCUGCACUCUCUGUUCAGACUUGGAGAGAGGUAGGAACUUGUCCUGUUUUGGACAGAUGGUCAUGUUUUUAUUUUCUGUAGCAGAUACCCCCCAAGAUGACACUCCUCUAAAGCCUUUAAAAA